AAUUUUCAUCUUUAUCGAGGACCGUGCUUUAUGGACGCGGAAAAUCACAAAAUGGAAAACGUCUUUGCGAUAGGAAUAUUGCGUAAGACGCCUUCGCGACGAUUGAAUCUCUCUCGCCCCAAAUACGCGGCGGUGUAUCCCCCGCAGAUACCCCUGGGUUAUUUCGAUGAGUCCCUUCGGGGGAUAUCAGCAAUAUCUUGAGAUCGAAUGUACUCGUACGUAUGCGUCGCCGUGUGAGACGAGAGAAAAAUCUGGUCUUAGGUGGAAAAACGCCGUCUCUCUUAGAGGGAGGAAUUACGCGAGAAAUAUGUGCUUUUUUUUAGAUGGUGCCCUCCACCCCUUUUGGCGAGCGAUCGCCUGCAUCCUCCUGCACCAAUACCCGAGUUUCGUCGUUAACUGAUGUGUGCGCGCGCGUGUGCACGUAGAUACGUGCACGCAUACGCGCACGUGGGUGGUGCAGGCUGCGGAAUGGGACAGGAGCGAGAGAUGAGAGGGUGAGCGAACGAGCGAGCUGGGUCGACUUUGCGAAUCUCUGCUCCGUGCACAGUCGUACGCGCGCGUAUACGUAGACACCCAUACACCAGCGCACCGAGUUCCGCAAGCACGGGGAUGAGGGUGAGAUCGGUGGUGGGCGCUUUCGGUGACGUCAGUCGUUCUGAUCGUCAGUUGCGCAGAGACGCGAGGUUGGUCACCGCUAGGCGCUACGUCAGAAUGACGGGUCGAGCGAGCAGCCGAUAAACCACCCUCUCUGGUCGGGGCUGUCUUCACGGGCGGGCCAACGGUCUAGGGAGGGGUAGACGAGCAUGGCACGACAGGGAGCGGUGUCGUGAAGGAAGGCGGUAGGCGCGUGUUGACCGCGCGCGCGUGGCUCGACACCACCCGGGGUGAUCGCUGACGACGAGGACGUUGGCGACGAUGGCGAGCUCGGGCUCGGCGGUCGACGGGGUUGGCGACGACGGCACGACGGGCGUGCCGGGCGGCGGACCCAGGAACGCCCUCACCUGCGGCGUCUGCCAGGACUACUACAAGGAGCCCUGCCUGCUUUCCUGCUUCCACACCUUCUGCGCCCGUUGCAUUCACGGUCCGCAUCUUGACGCGAUCAUCAAGUGUCCAAUCUGCGGGCAGCAGACGCAGUUGAAGGACGGAGCCCAGUUGCCACCUCCCGAUCAACUGAUACGCCAACUGGUAGAACUGGCGAACUCGGAGAAUCCACCAUGUGCCAAUUGCGACAAACGCGACAAGUCUACUAUGUUCUUCUGCACAACGUGCGGACAGGCGCUUUGCACCCACUGCAGGGAACACACGCACCGCGCGAAGAUGUUUUCUACGCACGAGGUGGUUCACAUGAGCAAGUGCGCCAAGGAUACCCAGCGGCGUUGUCCGAGCCACGGCGAGCAAUACAUAAUGUACAGUCAGAGCGCCAAGUGUAUGUUAUGCGCUACGUGCUUUCGCGACACGCCCGUGGACGCGCGGGUGCACUGCGUGGACAUCGAUAGUGCCUGGCAGCAGGCCUCGAAGAAGAUGGAGCGCGCGGUGAACUCCAUCUGCGAGCUCCAGGCUGGCAUACGGGACGGCGUGUUGGCCCUCAAGUCCCAGCUGGAUGAGCUGCGGCACAGCCUCGAGUCGGAGAAGCGCGCGCUCGGUGCGUUCUGCCAGGGUAUGCAGGAAGCGAUAACGAAGACGCAUGGCUACGCGCUCGCGGAGCUACAGCGGCAGUUCGAGACCAAGGAGCGCUUGGUGCGCACGCAACUGCUCGCGUUGGGCGGCGCGCUGCCCGUGCUGCAGAUGCACCUGAUGCUGUGCACCGGGUUUAUCAGUGGGGCGACCAAGUACCAGUUCCUCGAGCUGGCGCAUCCGAUGCUAGAGCGACUGAGCCGUGUUGCCCAGUUGGGCCACCCGUCGCGACCGCCCUUGCUCGCUGCAUACAUCAAAACGAACUACAAGGUUGAUUUCGCCCGCGUCCUGCAGCCCUACAUCGGCCAGGUGCAGACGUCGAAGACCGCUGAGUCCCUGUACGAUCAGACGGCCGGCGGCGUUGGCAGUCACACGAUAGGCCAACCGGAUUCGCAAAUGCAUCAGGAUGCGGUCAAUUCGCAUUUUAUGUUUGGAAUACCGUUUUGCCGACAGAGCGGCAAACCCACUUUGCAGAGGCCACCGUCAAAGAGCGGCACCGACGGCGGUCCGUUUUCCAAUCACUGUCGCACCUUUGAUACUCAACUGAAGGAACUGAGCCAGCAGUUGAUGACGGUAAAAGAACGAUUGACUGAUCUUCAGCGAGACGUUUCCGUCUUAAAAAGGGCGAACACGCCGCCGCUGGGCACGCGUUACGAUCACGUGGCGAGGGAUUGCCGCUUGUUGGAGCAACAACUGGAACAUCAUCAAAUGGAACUGGAAAGACUGAGGAAUGUUUUCGACGCGCUCUGGGAGGAACAGGUGUGCAGGAUUCACAUAGAAAAAGAGAUUUUUCACUCGCAGAUGAACGACAUACUGACGUUGAGAAGCGAAGUAAAGAAGCUGCAGGCGGUGGCCCAGCAUCUGGAGCCGUUCGUCAAGUCGUUCUCCACGGGUAUCGGCGCUGGAGAAGUGAGCAUGGCCGCGGCGGACGCAGCUGACAAUCAGCACUUGCAGGCGUUACUGGACCACUUGGCGCGCCUGCAGAUGCAGGAGCCGCUGCCUCAUCCGCAAGCACCGACGAAGGACCACCGUCAUCCACGUAGCACCGGGAGUGCCGACAAUGCGCUGUACAUGAAAGAAACAAAGGAGAUCCCGACGCGGUGUCGCACACCGUCCGGCGGCGUCGGCGCCGUCCUCGAUUCGAGCGGUAACAUAGUCGUGUACGGGACAGCCAAGGCAACCGAUCCGAAGAGGGGCGUGCUCAGUCAAUUGAUCGAGAAGGCCAGGACGAAACCGGAUGAUCGCAAGAAAUCGCCGGGCAGAGAGGACGGCCGCGAUCGCAGCCAGAGUCGGCGCUCGCGGAAGUCGCCCGAUGGCUCGAAACCGAAGACGCCGCCCGGACACUCGUCCGGCAGCAAGAUGCGGUCGCUGUACCGUUCGUUGAAGGGCGGCACCGGCGACACCUCCGCCGAAGCGCUCGACCAAGUGGAGAGGUGUACCGAUCCGCAGCAACCGCAGUCGCACCUCGGAGACGAGAGCGAAUACCAGCGAAUCUCGGAGGCGUCGAGCAUGAGCGAAGCGAAGAAGCGCGUGCAGGCGCAGGUGCACGCGGUGCCGACCGACGACCAUCAGGUACCAUCGCUCAGCAGCGUGAAGGCUAGCAAGAUCUAUCCAGCCAGCGAUUCCGAGGAGAUGUUCUACGCCGACGGGAAGGCCGAUGCGAGGAGGCGGCGGCGCGCUAGCUGCGACAGCCUUAGCACCACCGGCUCCGGCAACAGCAGGCGAUCGAGCAUCGCCGAUGGGACGGUAGGUCAACAAUCAGUGGCGCAGGACCCCCGGAAAACACUGGUCGUUUUGAUCGGACCGACGUCACGGACGUCGUCGUCUCUCGUGCAGAAACAGCGUUCCUGGGAGACCUUUCCGCGGCCCAAGAGCAAGCGUGGCGGUCCUGGUGGCGAAGGUUCCACGGGGGCGUCAUCCCUCGGUCAGCUGAAGAAAGCGGACAGCUUCGAGGGCCACGAGGAGGCGGUGCGUACAUUGGUGGCGGCCGUGCAGGAGACGCGCUCCCAACUGCGGCACCAUCAUCUGCACCAUCAUCGCCAUCAUCGCAAAAGCAAGACGAAUUAAGAUCCUCUCGACGUCAUCCUUGACUGAUCUUCGGCGGCUCUUCCACUUUCUUACACGACGGAGUAACGUGAGAGAGAGAGAGAGAUAUAUAUAUAUAUAUAUAUAUAUAUAUAUACGUCCAAGGAUGUAUCGAGCGAGGACAUCCGCGAGCCUAACAUAUAGAAAGGAAAUCGAGAGACUCGUGAGAGACGCCGUGUCCCACAUGGCUUAAGUAUACUUGUUAUUUAUUUAGCGUAUGGAAGAACAUAUUGUUGUGAGAGUCGAAAUUAUCGGUUUUUUCGAAGAUUUUGGACAUUCUACCGGUAUAUAUAAUAAUAGUAAUAAAUAUAAAUCUAACAAGAUGAGAGAUAAUAAAGAGAGGUCUAUUCUGCGCGAUAUGCGAAAUCAAAAAAACAAAAACUGUCGUAAGGAGAGUCAAGCUGAGAGGCAUCUUCGACAAGUGCACUUUCGUCUUUACAUUAUUUUCGAGGGGACGUUGCAGGUUUUUUUGUGAUCUCGACCAAAUGCGUGAUGUUUGUAUCGAGUUUCCGAGUUUUCGACGUUUACAUUAUGUCUCUCGUCGGAGCUGCGCGACGAUGUGCGACUCCUCGUGAACACCUUUUAUAUAGCGAUUUAAUUGCACUUGAUGAUGAAAGCGCCGAAGGUAUCGACUUAGAUAUCGCUGUUAUUGUAAACGAGACGAGUUAAAAGGAGAAAAAAAAACAAGAAGAGUAGCGCGUUGUCGCCGCUACUCGUACUCGUUAUCGAUGCGUCGUCUACGGGUCGUGCAAUUGAUACAUAGAGCCUUGAUUAGGAACAGUGAAAGAAAAAGUGUUUUCGAGCGAAACGCGCGUACGUAAUGUACAAUAAUUGCAACGGAACCGCAGUUGACGUACACAACAUUUCAGCCAUAAACGGACGUUUCGUUUUACGUGAACGCGCGUUACUUUCGUUUCGUUUAUACCCGAGAUCCCGUUUGUCCAUUCCGUUUGCCCCACUUUACGAGACCGUAUUCUUACCGUACGUACAUUUGACACGAUCAGAUUUUACUUGAACGUCAACGGGUCGAAUGCACAGUCCAGUAAAAAGUAUUUUGCGCAAUUCGGUCGAUCGGAAUGAACGUUAAUACUUAGCUAAACUUAGUAAACAACACUGCCAGUCGCGAUAUACAUUAUCGAAUUUAAUCGACGAUAUUCGUUCGCGGAGAAUAGCCUAAUUCGAGCGUAACUCGUAAUGGCCAGUCGCCAGUUAUAAGCACGGAUCGUUCGCCGACGUUUCGCGUGGGCGCUUCGUGAUUAUACGUUAUUGGCUUAUCGUGUAAACGAUAAUAUUCACGAUUACUUAAAAAGAGAGAGAGAGAGAGAGGGAUAUACGUAAGUAACCGAUAUUACGAGAAAUCGGCUCUUCCUUGUGAAAGUCAACGCGAUCGUUAAUCGUUGUUUCGAAUUUAACCAAGCGAAGACGCAUAAUUUCUUCAGCAGGGUUAUAAAACGAGCGUUCUAAUUAUAGCGGAUGUAUACUGUAAGCAUGUAAACGAGAAAUGUCGGAAAUCGCUGGUAUAGUAAAAUAUAUAUACGAGUUAAUAAA